GGACAAAUCAAAGGUCGCAUGGUUGCAGGCUAAAGAUAUUUGUUUAUAGUGGAGCGCGUUCAUAAGUUUCAGCUCUAGUAGUUACCGUCACGCGUUCAUUUGGAGGUGUGUAAACGGGACUUGGUGAUCAUGUGGAACUCAGCAGCUUUCGCUCGGAGUUAACGCCCACAUAUUUGGGAAGAUGUCGGUAGCAAGCUUCAAAAAUCAGCCGAUAAAUUACUACAGCGAAAACACACCGAGGGACGAGUAUCAGAAUACGUGACACUGACAGGUAAAGAGUGAGGAUGGAGAGGACCGCGCUGCGGCGCUUCGGGGACAGCGGCAUGAUGCUUCUGCCCUGGACUAAACAGAUCCUGACGGUGGUGUGGGAACAACUGCGACUGCUGCUCCAGGUCAUCUGCUGCACUUUUAUGACGGUUUUCCAGAUGUUCAGGUUUGAAGUCCAUCUAAGAAUCACAGACGAGACAGGGCAACACAUUCAGCACAUGACAAGUGGCUCAGGAGACCCUUCUGACAGUUUCCUGCUCUCUUCCUUGUUUGAAAACAACAAAAACAUGGUGGUCGGGGGUUCCAGUCCGCUUUCGAAAUUCGGCAGAGACCCGUUCGACGUGAGCUCCCACUCCAGAGCUGUCCUGUCCAGUCUGGUCAGCGAUGAACUCUGUUGCUCUUUGGUGGACGACCUCGUGUCCCACGCAACCGAGUGUCUCAACGACACCGAAGAUCUCUAUCUUGGAGAUCACUCCGUGUGGAAACACGGAUAUGACUGGACCGUUUUAGGAGGUCCCGAGAGGAAAUGCGCAGAGAGCACCUGCACUUUUACCGUGUCAGGGUUUUCAGCAAAGGACUUUGUAAAGCAUCAAAAGCCCAUCAGUGAUCCUGACACAUCUGGUUCAUCUACAGAGGAUGUUCAAACUCCAUGUCAAGUGCAGUCAGUCGCUCAUCUCUCGGACAGCGAGUUCAGCUGGGGAAGCACAGACAGCUCUUGUUUCGAAGGAGAACGAGAGGAGAGCGACAAACUCUGGGAGCUUCUGACCAGCUCGACGGACCCAUAUCACCCGAUGCACUUCACGGCGUGCUUGUCCAGUGCGGCCGCUGAAAAAAGCAAAACGCAGGACAUUUCAAAGCCUGAAAGUCCCACGUCACAAUCCACAGCAUCUACAGGCUCAGAAUCUUCCAAACCAGGUUCUGAAGAUGAAGAAGAAGAGGCCUUGUGGAGAUCCCUCUCUCAGAAUGAUGACCCAUAUCACCCGCUGAAUUUCAGAGCGCCGCUUCAAAGCUCACCAGCAACACCUACACCUCCCAAACGCCAUUCACCCAGCCAGAGCACGCAAGGUAAAGCCAGACUCUUCAAAUCUUCGAGGCGCUCAAAGCUGCCAAGCAAAGUUCCUCGCCAUUGCUGCCACAAAUUACCCUUUGAGACAUUAUCAGUGGUGCCAUGGAGAAGAUAUGUUGGCCUGACAGCGGUUCAGGGCAACCAGAGGAAAUGUGCUACUUUUAAGAAGGUGAAAUUUUCUCCCAUCGUACAAGUUCACAAGAUGCACACUUGGUCCUUUGCUCUUCAAGCUUCACGUAAGGGGCCGUGGGAGGAGCUCGCGCGGGACAGAGACCGAUUCCGAAAGAGAAUCAGUGAAACUGAGAAGGCCAUCGGCUACUGUUUUAGUUUGUCACACAGGGAAAAGCUGUGGGCAGAUAAGGACGACGUACAGAAAAAAAAAUAA